AGAACUGCGGUGCAUUGAUCCCACGAGGCACGAGCCAAAGAGAAUUAUGUGGAAUUGCGUCAAACACUUAGAGGAUGUUUUGGCACUUAGUGGAUGCGUUUCAACUCGUGCAUUAGAUUUGAAACCAUAGUCUCCGAUGCAGAGCUUUUUUCAGGUCAUAUGUCUCUGUCUAAUCCGUCUUUUCCUCCAACCAUACAGACAACUGUGGGAAGCGCGUGUAUGCCCACCGCUGAUGCCAUGUGGUCAAAGCAGCUGUGCAGCUGAUAACCAAUGACAGGCAGCAGACGCCGCGCGGAGCUGCAGCUUGAGUCGCGUCGCGCUGAUAUUUAAACCAUUCUCACAUCGCGCAUGCCAGAGAUGCGAGCUGCAGCGAUUUCUGCGCUGAGAACGGAAAGAUGCUGCCUUUCCCGAGUCACCGCGUUCAUGGAUUAAGCUGGAUUUCAGGACACACCUGUAGAUUUUUCACCUACUCUGCAUAAUGCCUUAUCUGAGACAGUUACUGAUUUUAGUGCUCUUCCUGGGCUCGUUUGGGGAAUGCCGGAAUAAACACGCAACGAGAGAGAGGAGGUGGACAGGAGCUGUGGAAACUCAGAAGCAUGGAACCUCUCUGGCAAAGAAGCCACCAGAUGUGACAAAAUCACGGCGACUGAAAACGGAGCAGUUGUUGAAAGUGGACGAUCAUGACUUCACCAUGAGGCCCGCAUUUGGAGGUCCUGCUAUUCCAGUGGGAGUUGAUGUACAAGUUGAAAGCUUGGACAGUAUUUCAGAAGUAGACAUGGACUUUACUAUGACAUUAUACCUGAGACACUACUGGAAGGAUGAGCGCUUGUCCUUCACCAGCACCACAAAUAAAAGCAUGACUUUUGACGGCCGCUUGGUGAAAAAGAUCUGGGUUCCUGAUGUCUUCUUCGUCCACUCUAAAAGAUCUUUUAUUCAUGACACCACCACAGAAAAUAUCAUGCUGAGAGUUUUCCCUGAUGGUCACGUUCUCUACAGCCUGAGGGUCACUGUUACAGCAGCCUGCAACAUGGACUUCAGCCGUUUCCCACUGGAUUCACAGACCUGCACUUUGGAGUUGGAGAGCUACGCCUACACGGAUGAGGAUCUGAUGCUAUACUGGAAAAGUGGAGAUGAGUCUUUGAGUAUAGAUGACAAAAUCUCUCUCUCUCAGUUCCUCAUACAGAAGUUUCACACUACCUCUCGUCUGGCUUUCUACAGCAGCACAGGAUGGUACAACCGCCUGUACAUAAAUUUUACACUUCGCCGCCACAUCUUCUUUUUCCUGCUGCAGACUUAUUUCCCUGCCACUCUUAUGGUUAUGUUGUCCUGGGUGUCGUUCUGGAUUGAUCGUAGGGCUGUUCCAGCCAGAGUUUCAUUAGGUAUCACCACGGUGCUUACCAUGUCUACCAUCAUCACUGGGGUGAACGCCUCCAUGCCCAGAGUCUCCUACAUCAAAGCUGUGGACAUUUAUCUGUGGGUUAGUUUUGUGUUUGUGUUCCUGUCCGUCUUGGAAUAUGCGGCAGUCAACUAUCUGACCACGGUCCAGGAGAGGAGAGAGCGUAAGCUCAGAGAUCGAGCAGCUCGAGAGCAGUCAUUACCAUGCACCUGCGGUAUGUCCCACACCAGGACCAUGAUGUUGGAUGGGACCUACAGUGAGGCUGACACCAACAGCUUGGCUGGCUACACAGAGGCUCCCAUGGUUCCAGAAGAAGUGGUGCCGGAGAAACAGGAGCAUAUGGUGGUUCACAUGUCAAUGAGCAGCGAGUCCACCGCCACUAAAAAAAAGGGCAUCCGGGCAUUUAAAAAGGGCAUUUACCAGAACACGCAUGCCAUUGAUAAGUACUCCCGCAUGAUCUUCCCAGGAGCCUAUAUAAUUUUCAACCUUAUUUACUGGUCGGUGUACUGCUGAUCAUUCUCCAGCUACAUCCAUCUUGCACUCUUUUGGACUUUUGGAGGUUUAUACAACCAUCCUUCUGACUUUUUGAUGCACAUCAAACAUUGGCUCAUGCGAUACUAAACUGCGGUUACCUUUGUCACUUUCAUACGCAAAAAGACUGGCGAAGAGAAAAACAGUUGAGUGCUUCAUAUAGGCCUUUUCAGGUUUAUGACAAAUUAACUGUAAAACACUUGGACUUUUGUACAGGCUUAUGUGUUUAUGUUUGCAUCAUUGGACUAUUAACUCUUUCCCCACCAGCGUUCUUUUAAAAAGUUGCCAGCAACUGCCAACGUUUUUGAUAAUUUUCACAAAAAUUUCAUGGCCCCCAGAAUAUAUUCUUGUAUGAAUAUCUGAACAUGAUAUAUAUAACAAAAGAAAGAACAGAGCCUCUGCUUUAAAAAAAAAAACAGUUUUAAUCUAGCUACAUGCAUUCUUUUUUAUCAACACUUGAAUGUGGGUAAGUUUCAUAAAAAAUACAACAUAUUGAAAAAAAAAGAAAAUCGUUUGGUUUUUUUUCCCCCAAAGACUACAAUGUACAUAAGCAAUGCUUUUAUUGCUUGUUUCUGCUUCUUUUGUCUGUGUUUUGAUCUGGAGAUUCUGUACUCUUUCAGAAGAUGUGUAAUAGCGCCCCCUACCAUACAACAGUGCAAACAUGGAAAGAUAGAAAUCUUGGUCAAGGGCGGGGAAAGAGUUAAUGAUAUAGUAUGUACAGAGCAAGAAAGUACUUUUUUUUUUUUUUAUACCUAAAAAAAAAAAUUAAUAGUGCUUUUGACAAAUAUGUUAGUCACAUGAGAUCCAGUCAUAUCAUUGGCCUUGAAAAUAGUUUUUUUUUUUCUACAUAAGGUGGAUUGCAUCUUCAUGGGAGCCGCCAUGUUGAGAUCAUGUGACCAUCUGUGUUGUGCAAUUUGAUAUAUUUCUAAACUUAUUAUAAAUAUAUAGCAAGUAUUUAUACAUGAUUUUUUUUUUACAGCGCUCAAGGUGCUUUACAAAAAUAAAUGAAAAGGACAUAUAAAACAAACCAAAUAAAUACACAUAUUAAGGAUACAACUCAACAAAAAUUGUCAUUAGACAAAAAAAAACUAUAAAAACGAACAGAACAAAACAAAUAACAAAUUAAACAGCUUCGAAGUAAAGUGGCAGUUGUUAAUAAACAAAAUUUAAUGCAAAUAACACUAAUUUAAAAUUAUUCACUGCACCUUUAAGUAUGUAUUUGCUUAUCUGCACAAUGUCCAAUUUUAUUUCAUUUAGGCAAGGUUGUUUGUUUAUGCUAAGGCAAUCACUCAUGUUAAUAUAUCGUAAUUACCAGUAAUGAGAAAGAAUCUCCUUUCAAUUUGAGGUUUGUUUGGAUGUACGUGUUAUGUGGAGUGAGUGUGUAUGUUUGUAUAUUUGAUACCAUUAUAUUUCUCAUGCAAAAUAAAUCAGUAUGUCUUUA